GGCGCAGCGCUCCUCCUCCUUCUCCUCCUCCCGCGGGAAGCCCGGGGCGGCGGCAAGUGCAGCCGAGUCCAGCCUCCUCCCUUCCCCGCCCCCUGCCCCAGAGCGGCCUGGCUUCCUCUCCGCUCGCCGAGAUGGCGCUUGACCCCGCAGAGAUUCCUGGUCAUUUUGGUUGCCUGAGGACACUUACCCUUUUGCUUUUCAGGGCUCUCUGGGAAUUUGAGGAACAGCAUCUCAGACAUGUUGAAAAAGAUGUUUUGAUCCCUAAAAUAAUGAGAGAAAAGGCCCGUGAGAGAUGUUUUGAACAAGUUCAAGAUUUUACCAAAUGUUGCAAGGACUCUGGAGUCCUUAUGGUAGUAAAAUGCCGGAAAGAAAAUUCUGCCUUGAAAGAAUGUCUAAUUGCUCACUAUAAUGAUCCAGCCUUUUAUGAAGAAUGCAAAAUGGAAUACCUGAAGGAGAGGGAAGAAUUCAGAAAAACUGGAAUUCCUACCAAGAAGAGGCUCCAGAAGCUUCCCACAAGCAUGUAGACAGAUAGUCAAGUGAUACUCAGGAACUCUAAUAUUCAUGGAAAUUGCAGUCACCUGAAAUAAUGGACUCAAGGAAGUGUGUUUCCUUUAUCCUAAAUUAUGGAAGUAAUUAAUUUUACCUGAAAUAAAGAUUUUUUUUUUUAAAUUUCAAA